AUGAAUACCGCGACAGCAAAUUGGAUUUCAUAUGGAGAUGUGAUAAAUAAAUGGCGCUUUUUUAUAGGUCUGAAUCCUCUUUCUUCAACGGAAGGACCUAGCUUGGCCGAGGCUCUGAAAGUCCCCUUCACUUACUGCUGGUCGCCUGCACUGGCGCCAAAGCCACAGGACUGGCCAUCUCAUAUCGAUGUAGUUAUUGAACUGGCAGGAUUCUUGAAAUCCGGACCACCACCGAUCUAUAUUGGUUUUGGUAGUAUUGUGAUCGACGAUUCCCAAACCCUCAUCAAUACAGUACUAAAUGCGGUCUCACUUACGGGAGUUCGAGCCGUUGUAUCGAGUUGA